AUGCCAACUAAUAAGGAGAUCCGCAUUAUUGCGCUUUUGGUGCUUGACAUCUUUUUCUUCUUGUUAGAAGCAAUCGUGGGAUAUGCUGUGCACUCUUUGGCAUUAGUCGCAGAUUCAUUCCAUAUGUUAAAUGAUAUUAUUUCACUUUUCAUUGCGUUAUGGGCUGUAAGAGUCAAAAACACUAAACCGGCUGACGGUAAGUAUACCUAUGGAUGGCAAAGAGCCGAAAUUUUGGGUGCCUUGAUUAACGCUGUGUUUUUAUUGGCAUUAUGCUUCACUAUCGUCAUCGAAGCCAUUCAAAGAUUUUUCCAACCUCAAGAAAUUGGAUCUCCAAAAUUGGUCUUGAUUGUGGGUAUUGCUGGGUUGAUAAGUAAUGGACUCGGUUUGGUUUUAUUCCAUGAACAUGGACAUAGUCAUUCUCAUGGAGGGUCUUCUUCUAGUAACUCUUCAGCCAAGCACAGCCAUGAACACGGUCAUAGCCACUCGCAUGCUGGUUCUGCUGAUGAAGAAUCUAGAAUUGACUCGGACUCAGAUAUUAGAGACUUCCUUCCAGACGCUGUGGUUGGAAGAAUCACAAGUGAACACACUCCAUUGGUGAGUGAAACUCACCCUGCUGACGGUGGCAGCAAUGACAAUGGUGUAGCUGCUACAACUAAAAAGAAAUCAAUGAAUAUGGAAGGUGUAUUCUUACACGUUCUUGGCGAUGCAUUGGGAAAUGUUGGUGUUAUUGCCACUGCCCUUUUCAUUUGGAAGACCGAUUACUCAUGGAGAUUUUACACCGAUCCCCUUGUUUCCCUUGUCAUUACAGUGAUCAUUUUCUCAUCGGCUUUACCAUUGUGCAGAAAGGCUUCCAAAAUCUUAUUACAGGCGACUCCACCAGAUAUCGACUCCAAUUUGAUUUUAAGUGAAAUUAUUCAGUUACCAGAUGUCAAGUCAGUUCAUGAUUUCCAUAUUUGGAAUUUAAAUGAAGAUAUCUUGAUCGCGUCGUUACACUUGGAAUUGAAACCAAAAUCAAGUACCGGCUCUUCGUCAUCCACUGAUUCCCAGGUCGAUUUUGAUAAGGAAGUCUUUAACGGUUGUGUAACUCAAGUUCGUGAGAUUUUACAUCGCUACGGUAUUCAUAGUGCCACCAUCCAACCUGAAUUCCACUCCCUUCGUACCGACGCUACUCAAAUCAACUCUAAAGCUGCGUUAAAUAGAAAGGCUAGUGCCUACGGUUCCACUAACCAAACAAACUGCAUAGUUGAUGGAGUAUUAGGGUGUGACAACGAGCAAUGCUUGUCUUAA